AUGGACGAGUUGAAUAUCGACGAUUACACAUUCUCCGAUAUGUUACUGUUCCGAGAAGUUUGUCUAGUGGUGUCACGACGAAGUGCUAAUCUCAGUGCUGCAGCAAUCACCUGUGUGCUGAACCGAGUACGCCGACCGAAAAUGGUGGUUGCAAUUGAUGGCAGUACCUAUAAGUAUCAUCCUUUCUUCGAUCACUGGGUUGUCGACAAAAUCAAGGAGCUCAUCGAUCCCGGACUCGAGUUCAAAGUGGUCCAGACUGGUGAUGGCAGCGGCAAGGGAGCGGCAUUGAUCGCAGCGAUUGUUACUCGAGUGAAGCGAGCCGAAGAGAAGCGAAAGAAGGACGAGGCAGCGCGAGCAGCUCGUGAAGCCGAAGAAGCCGAAAAGAGGCGAAAAGCCGAAGAGGAACGUCUCCGACUUGAGGCCGAGGAACUUGAACGUGAGAAGCUAGCUGAAGAGGAACGUGCCCGAAAACUCGAAGAACUCCUCUCUUAUGGAGAGGAUCGUGUCAAAGAGGAGCAAAAUAGUUAUGUGACGUUACAAGAAUGA